AUGGUUGUGUUGGGUGUAGUUGUAGUGUCUGUCGUCGUGGAUGUGGUUGUUGUAGCUGUUGUUGUUGUUGUUUCUGUUGUUGUUGUUGUGGGUAUGAUGGAUGUUGUGGUUGUUUCUGUUGUGGUAGUUGUUGUUGUGGGUAUGGUUGAUGUAGUGGUUGUUUCUGUUGUGGUAGUUGUUGGUGUGGUUGUUGUGCUGGGUGUAGUUGUAGUGGCUGUCGUUGUAGAUGUGGUUGUGGUAGCUGUUGUUGUUGUUGUUGGUGUUGUAGUUGUUGUUUCUAAUGUGGUAGUAGUUGUUGAUGUGGUCGAUGUCGAAGUUGUUGUUGUGGGUACUGUUGUCGUUGUAGUAGUAGUUGCUAUUGUUGUUGUAGUAGGGGAUGUCGUUGUGGUUUCAGUAGUAGACGUGGUUGUCGUGGUUGAUGUGGUUGUUGUAUCGGGUAUAGUCGUAGUAGAAGGCGUUGUAGCGAGUGUUGUAGUUUGA